AUGGAUAUAGUAAAUGAAAUUUUGGAAAGAGAACAGAAAAAGGCUGAGAAGUACAAACCUAUCACAGUUGAAAAGCAUUUAGAUUUAGACAUAGAUCUUGGUACGUUACUUGCGUCGGAUACUAAUGAUUUGGAAGCUAAGUUAUUGAAAUCAGAUAAAGACAGAGAUGCGUAUCUACUAUCGUUAGCCCGUGACAAUACUCAGUUAUUGUUGAACAAAGUGUGGGAGUUGCCAACAGAGAGGAUAGAAGAGGCAAUAGUGGUACGGUUGCCGGCACCAACAACAAUCUUGCCACGUGCCAAGCCUGUUCCGAAACCCAAGCCCCUCACUAAAUGGCAGGAGUUUGCUAAAGCCAAGGGAAUCACUAAAAAUAAGAAAGACAAACUCAAAUGGGAUGAACAGCUUCAGAAAUGGGUGCCGUUAUAUGGUUUUAAACGAGCUGCUGCUGAGAAAGAAAAGAACUGGUUGAUUGAAAUCCCACAAAAUGUACACCCAAUGACAGACAUGUAUGAAAAGAAAGCUACAGAGAAGUCUGAGAAGGUUGCAAAAAAUGAACUGCAAAGAUUGAAGAACAUUGCCCGUGCUAGAAAAGUCAAAAUACCAAGGGUUGGCUUGCCUGUUACAUCUGAUAAGGCUUCUGCUACACAGUUAGCUACAGCGGCAACUGUAGCUAAAGCAUCAACAGCAUCCCUUGGUAAAUUCCAAGACAAACUGCCAAAAGAAAAAGAAGCACGUGGGAAAGGUAUCCAUGAGCUCAUCCCUGGGAAAGAGCGUAAACGUAAAGCUCCAAUACCUACUCCUGAAGCUGAAAAACAGCAGAAUUUAAACCUCUUAGACAAAAUUCUUAAUAAAAGGCCCAAGAUUGAUAUGGAUAAGGCUGUCGCAAAGCACAUACACGAUGAACAAGUGCAACGAUCUGACGAAAAGAAAAUCGUGAAACCCAAAGCUGGUAAACGUAAAGGCAAGGGUGGUAACCCCACAAAGUUCUCAGCAAAAAAGCCAAAGGGUGGCAAAGGGCAGAGGAAUCCUGGCAAAAAAGGACCGGGUAGAAAAAGGAGAUAAGGUUGUUGUUGUCAGAAUGAUUUUAUGUUAUUACAUUGUACAGCUAAUUUCAUUGGUUUUAUUUAGACAUUUUAAGGCCACAAAGCUGUCUCUCCGUUUGUGCAUUUUUUUAAACCUACAUUGGAUAUUCCUUACUCUUGUAUACAUAUACUGUUAUGUAUACUAUGACAUUCUAAGAACUUACUAUAUUUUGACUACAUUAUGAAUCCAUUUUUAGCGCUAAUUCCCAGUUGUCACCACUGGCUUUGUUCCCACUGGCGACAUAUGGGUAAAAAAUCGUUAAAAAAGUCUCAGUUGUUAGCAGUGGUGAUUUCCGUGGCGACAAAUAGGGCAAAAAAUUUUAAUGAUAAAAGUAUAGAUCUUAUUAACUCGAAUUUUAUUUUAUUCCCUUGCGAUGGUGGCAACAAACUGCAUUAAUUGAAAUUUUUAUACCGUUUCGUUUUUUUACAACUUUUUUUUGCAACCUACUGGGAUUUUUUUAUUCCGUUUGUCACCACCUGGUAACAUGUGGGAUUUUUUUAUCCCGUUUGUCACCACCUGAUAACAUAUGGGAUUUUAUUUUCCCCCAUUUGUCGCCAGUAGAAAUCACCAUUGGCAACAACUGGGAUUUUUUUAUCCCGUUUGUCACCACCUGGUAACUUAUGGGAUUUUAUUUUUCCCCAUUUGUCGCCAGUAGAAAUCACCAUUGGCAACAACUGGGAUUUUUUUAUCCCGUUUAUCACCGCCUGGUAUUAUAUGGGAUUUUAUUUUCCCCCAUUUGUCGCCAGUAGAAAUCAUCACUGGCAACAACUGGGAUUUUUUUAUCCCGUUUGUCACCACC